UUCCCUACAGAAGAAAGUGUUGAUGAUGAAGAUGUCUACAAAGGUCUUCCUGAUUUAAUAGAUGAAACUGGUGUUGAUGAAGAUGAGGAGUUGUAUGAUUGCGUCUAUGGAGAAGAUGAAGGUGGGGAGGUUUAUGAAGACCUAAUGAAAGAUGAAGCAGCACAGGAACCUAAAUAUACUGAAAAUGACAUAAGAAGCUGUUGUCUUGCUGAAAUAAAGCAAACUGAAGAGAAGUACACUGAAACUCUGGAAUCGAUAGAAAAAUUUUUCAUGGUGCCGUUGAAAAGGUUUCUGUCAACAUCAGAGUUUGAUACUGUUUUCAUCAACAUUCCUGAUUUGGUGAAAAUUCACAGGAAUCUAACACAGGAUAUCAAUGAUUCCAUUGUUAACAAAAAUGAUCAGAACCUAUAUCAAAUUUUUAUUAACUACAAGGAAAGAUUGGUUAUUUAUGGACAGUACUGCAGUCAAGUGGAGAUAGCGAUAUCAUGCUUAGACAACAUCUCUAAGACAAAAGAAGAUGUUAAAUUGAAAUUAGAGGAAUGUUCCAAGAGGGCCAAUAAUGGGAAAUUUACAUUGCGGGAUCUUUUAGUGGUUCCAAUGCAGAGAGUGCUAAAAUAUCACCUACUGCUCCAGGAGCUGGUAAAGCACACUACUGAUCCCAUGGAGAAGGCAAAUCUAAAACUGGCACUUGAUGCAAUGAAGGACUUGGCUCAAUAUGUAAAUGAAGUGAAGAGAGAUAAUGAGACACUCCGUGAAAUUAGACAGUUUCAACUAUCAAUAGAGAAUUUGAAUCAUUCCCUCUUACAGUAUGGAAGACCUCAAGGUGAUGGGGAAAUAAGGAUAACUACGUUAGACAAACGUGCAAGGCAAGACAGGCAUAUCUUCUUGUUUGAUCUAGCUGUAAUUGUUUGCAAACGGAGAGGUGAUAAUUAUGAAAUGAAGGAAAUAAUUGAUCUUCAGAAAUACAAAAUUACGAAUAACCCCACUACUGAUAAAGAAAAUAAGAAGUGGUCUUACGGCUUCUACCUCAUUCAUAUCCAAGGUCAAAAUGGUUUAGAAGUUUAUUGCAAAACUAAAGACUUGAAGAAAAAAUGGCUUGAACAAUUUCAGAUGGCUCUGUCAAACAUACGGCCGGACUAUGCAGAUACAAGCUUUCAUGAGUUCAAAAUGCAUACGUUCAGUCGCGUGACGUCUUGCAAAGUCUGUCAGAUGCUUCUGAGGUAA